AUGUCUAACAUGAGGAGGGCGUUGGAGAGGCAAGAGCGAGAAGAUGAAGAAAUCAAGCACAGACGUGCUGAAGAAGAUCAUGACGCCGAUGAAGAAGAGGAAGAAAUGGUUGUAGCAGUGUGUAUGCUCAAUGAAUCAAGGCAACACCACCAUCGUUGUGGCUUGAAUGUGGAUGGACAUAGGCAAUCUCGGGCCUCAUUUGUUCCAAAAAUCAUGCAUGAUAUUUUUAAUUACAACACAUACUUCAUUCAGAAGUAUGAUGUUGUUGGGGUUUUGGGUGAUGUUAUUGGGGUUUUGGGUCUUCUUCUGAAGCAAAAACUUAUAAUUGCUUUGCGGAUGCUUGCUUAUGGGGCAUCUGCAGAGUAG